AUGCGCAGCAGGUUCAAAAGGACUUCGCAGGUGGUCUUCGAGGCCAUCCGUCGCAACAAGCACGUCGUGACGGCGAACAAGGCCCUCGUGGCUGCGUACCUCGGCGAGAUCCAGGAGCUGCUCAAGGAGCACCCAGGGGUGACGUUCGGAUACGAGGCCGCGGUUUGCGGCGGCAUUCCCAUCAUCGCCACACUGCAGAACGACUACCUAGGGGACAAGAUCCUCAAGGCGAGAAGGGGGGGCGGGGGUUGGUGGUUGUGACGGUGUUAGUUGCCUUGUGCAUACGCUGCACCUUGCGUGGUCGUUCCGAGUGCUGUCAUGGUGGCGCAACGGCGCAGCUGGGUUCGGCUGUGUGAGCGACCGCCAUGAGAGCAGCUGAAGUCACGGGGCAAUGGUGAAAGAGAAGCAACAGACAGUCGUGUUGCAGUUCAGUGGUGCAAAACGUUAGAUAGGCCGAGGGGAGUGGUCCUGCAUGCAUUCUGCAGUUUCACCGCUUCAACCUGGGGAAGCGCGGGGACGAGCAAACCAAAGCUUGCCAGUUUCGUCUUCGCGCUGAACCACUUUCAGGUGUACUAGGCUAUUAUCGUGUGCAGAAUGGCUCGU